AUUAAUUGGGUAAUACCCACUUCAUUUUUCGGAUUUUCCCAGUACCCAUCAACCAAGAAGCCUUCUUUCUGUAGAAGAUUUGAUACAAAGAGAUGAGAGGAGGAAGCCUAUGGCAGCUUGGGCAAUCAAUCACUAGGCGCCUCGCUCAAUCUGAGAAGAAAGCUGUUACUCGUCGGUUUUUUGCCAGUGAGGGAGACCUCAAGAAGACUGCCCUUUAUGACUUCCAUGUUGCAAAUGGUGGGAAAAUGGUGCCUUUUGCUGGUUGGAGCAUGCCAAUUCAGUACAAGGACUCAAUUAUGGAUUCUACUGUGAACUGUAGAGAGAAUGGUAGUCUUUUUGAUGUUGCUCAUAUGUGUGGACUGAGCCUUAAGGGAAAGGAUUGCAUCUCUUUCCUCGAAAAACUUGUUGUUGGUGAUAUUGCCGGGCUCGCCCCUGGCACUGGAACUUUAUCGGUGUUUACUAAUGAGAAGGGUGGUUCAAUUGAUGACACUGUAAUCACCAAAGUGAAGGAUGAUCACAUAUAUCUGGUCGUUAAUGCGGGUUGCAGAGAUAAGGAUUUGGCUCAUAUCGAGGAGCAUAUGAAAGUAUUUAAAUCAAAAGGAGGUGAUGUGUCAUGGCACAUUCAUGAUGAAAGAUCUCUUCUUGCUCUGCAGGGUCCUCUUGCUGCCCCUGUUCUUCAGCAUUUGACCAAGGAUGAUCUAAGCAAGUUUUACUUUGGAGGGUUCCGUAUGCUGGAUAUCAGCGGAUUCCCCUGCUAUCUCACUAGGACGGGAUAUACCGGUGAAGAUGGUUUUGAAAUAUCAGUUCCUGAUGAGUAUGCCGUGGACCUUACAAAGCAAAUCUUGGAGAAAUCCGAAGGCAAGGUAAGACUCACUGGGCUGGGUGCUCGAGACAGUCUAAGGCUUGAGUCUGGGUUGUGUUUGUAUGGCAAUGAUCUUGAACAGCAUAUCACGCCGAUUGAGGCAGGACUAACAUGGGCUGUCGGAAAGAGGAGAAGAGCAGAAGGUGGUUUCCUUGGCGCAGAAGUGAUACUCAAACAAAUUGUCGAUGGCCCUCCAAAAAGGCGUGUAGGGGUUAUCUCUUCCGGGCCACCUGCUAGAAGUCACAGUGAAAUUCAGAAUGAAAAAGGCGAUAACAUUGGCGAAAUCACAAGUGGGGGAUUUAGCCCUUGCCUUAAGAAGAACAUAGCUAUGGGUUAUGUGAAGUCCGGGAACCACAAGGCAGGCACGAAAGUUAACAUUCUAGUACGAGGAAAGUCUUAUGAAGGAGUGGUUACCAAAAUGCCAUUUGUUCCUACAAAAUACUACAAGCCAUCAUAAAUCGAUAUCUGUUUGACUAGUUCUUAUGUCUGUUCCGAUCUUUUUACUUGUAUAACCGAACUUGGUCCUUCCAACUUUACUUCGUGAAGUUAGCGAGAUUGUAUAAUUUGUUUCCCUGCUACAUUUUUAGUCGAUCUGAAAUAAUGAAAAUGCAUAUGGUGAUUCUUCAUCUUCUAGUGAGGA